CCAUUCACAACCAACGGGAAGAGGCUAAAAAAGCAGUGCAGUGCCCGAUGCCAAUUCUGAGCUAGACCUCGAAGAGAUGUAUUGCAGAGGAGGGAGUUUCAUCUGCUUUGCAACCAUUCGUGAUCGACUGGAAGGAACUAAAAAUGCAGUGCAUCGCCCGACGCUAAAUCCGAGAUGGAUCUCGAAGAGUUAUGUUGCAGGGGAGAAGUCGUACUCGAAAACGGUCUCGUCCGCUUCGAGCUUCUGCAUGUGCCCGGAUUAUGGCGCCGGGUCCUUACGGCUGUAAUUGUUCCCGUUGGAGAGGCGCAGAACAGACCAGCUCACGAUGGUCAGGAGUGAUAGGAUUGGUAUUGUGUAUCCCUUCUGGUAUUAAACCUUUUUGGUAUUUUCUUGCUGUCAAGAUUGGGAGGACAUUGCGAUCUCAUCGUCAGAGGUGUUGGAGAGUGCAGAAUAACCCCACCAAGCAUAUUUUGGUGGGUACUUACUUACCUAAUGUUGAGCUGACUGGCUCUACCAGCAAUUUUCAAGAGCUAACAACACUUUGCGCAACGAUAAUCUUAACUUCUAUAUAUAUUAUAUAUAUAAGUAAGGAUAGAUGUUAGAUUUUCAAGUUAAUUGUUUAUUAUAUUGUUUUAAUGUUUAAUUUUCUUUAUUUAUAUAAAACGUAUAGUUAUUUAGCGU